CGGCUGACACACCUGUGAAUCUCAAUCACACUGCAAAAGCGGCCGUAACGGGUGGCGGUAACUACCAAAACCGUUAUGUAACGAUUGCGGCCGUUUUUUAAAACCUUGGGCAUACCAGAACCAUUGGUAGUAGUAACAAUAAUAGGAAAGGGAGAAGAAUAACAGUUAUGAAGUAAGGAGAGAUGGGGAGUCAUAUGAUGAGAAGCACCAGAGUUAAAAAUCCAAGCUGAAGGGGAAAUACCUGACGAAGAGCCAUGCAAACCUGAAUGAAGAGAGGUGAGGGCGGAAGCAGAAGAGGAUGGUUAGGAGGUAGACAAGAUACGCUGAAGCUGAGCAAUCUAAGCACUCAAGGAAGUCAAGUCAAGAUCUGGAGCCAGAGCAGAUGUAGUAUAAGCGGCUGGAGACCGAAUGAUACUUUGAGUAGGAGCUCGGAAUUGUGACUGAAACAGCUGAGAAGACGCAUGUCCUUUCUUGGGAUAAUUGUACUUCUAAUGGCCUUUUUGAUGGUAGAAAGCACACUCAUCUGAAGUCAAGGGCCCUUUCUUGGGUUUUGUAGUGGCUUGAAGCUGAGGAGGUGGGGUUGAUAGUAGUGGGGGUUGGGUAGGAGCCAAGAAGACAGAUGGAGACAGAGUCUGACUGGCUGUCUUAAGGCGGGUUUCCUCGAAGAGGAGUUCACGAACAAUAGCAUCCACAGAAGGAAGAGGAGACAAAUGAAGGCUGCCACCACGAAUAGCCUCGUACCAACGGGAGAGAGCCGUUAAGACCUGCACUAAAUGACCCUCCUCCCGAAAUUGAAUAUAGGCAUCGAGUACCUUAAGACCAGACGGUUCCAUGAAAGCAAGCUAAUCCCAAAGUCCCGUCAUCUCAAUGUAGAGAUCUUGAAUAGACUGAUCUCCCUGACGAGCACUCUGAAUGGCUGUUUCCAUCUCAUACUGUUUGGCAUAGUGGGAUUGCUGAUAAACCUCUUGUAAAUAGUCCCAUACCUUCUUAGCAGUAGUUUAUUUGGUAAACAUCAUCCAAAUACGAUCAUUCACAGCAUUAUGAAACCAAGUCAGAACUUAGGCAUUAUCACAAUCCCAAGUGUCACAAGCAGCCUGAUAUUCAUCUUGUUUGGGAUCUGAUGGAUGAAAAACAGAACCAGAAACAUAUUUCCAUUUUUUUCGACCAAGCAAUUUUUUUUCCAUAACACUAGACCAAUAAGCAUAAUUGGCUCCAAUAAGUUUGCAAGUGAUAGAAUGAAUCUUAUUAUCUGACAUGGUGCCAAUAUGUAAAUAAAAACUGUAAGGGCCUCAAUGAAAAAUAUAAUAACCAGAGGAGGUCAAAAUAUAAGACCUAAGAGAAAUGGAAGAGGAACCAGAGAGAGAAAAUGAGCCACGAGUAGUCGGAGCACUGAGAUGAAGGGACCAAAUAGGUUGCUAACCAAUGAGAGAGGUAGGAGUCAGCGACGGCAAGCCGGAGAGAGAACAACGAGCAAAAAGCAAAGUCGACUUCGACUUUUAGAUUCAAGGUUGAAGUUGUGAAGCAAAACAAAUGCAAGUUAACGAGUCACAACUUUGAUCACACCAGAAUGAGUCGAUUGAACUAGGAGAGGGAUGAAGCAGGGCAACUAGGGUUUCAAACUAGACUCGUGAACCACAGAGAGAUAUUUGCAAAAAAUCAGAGGCCUUCUAGGGUUUCGAACUAGACUUGCGACUUCUGAGAUGGGUCAUGAGUUUCAGAGAUGCGAACAAAGGUCCGAUUCAGAGAGGAGCUCUGAUACCAUGUAUGUUUCUGCAUAUUUCUGUAUAUUCGAAUGAAUCAAUGAUACAAAGAUUACAUCACUUGUAUAGAACUCUAAUCCCUAAGACAAAAAAGGAAAUACGAAUUACGAUAAUAUUUACACAAUCACAAUCAUUCUAAAUUCCUAAAAUACAAUAUAGGCAAUAUAUUCUCAUAAUCGUAUCAUUGAAAACCAGUGCUUGAAAGCAUAGUUGUCAAAUCGGGAUUCGAAUCGUGAAUCGAAAUGGCCAUGUUCUGAAUCGCGAAGCGAAUCGAAUCAAAGCAAAUCGAAUCGUGAAUUGUAAAGAUUUAGUUACUUUUUCUAAAUUACAUUAAAAAACAUAUUUAUACACUUAGAUAUUAUAAAUAUGAAAUAUUUAAAGUUAAAGUAAUGUAAAUGUUAUUUUACAUGGUGAUUACGUGGUCUAACUAGGUAAGACGCUUCUAUGGCAAGAGAUGUGGGUCCAAGUCCUCUUCUCUUCCAAUAAUCUAUCGGCACCCACAUAGGCCGAUGCACUAUUGGUUACCACUUGAACCACAUUUUCUUCCCCAAUAUCAUUCACAAUGACAUCAAGCAUCUCAAAUAAUUUCAUAGAAUUUUUAACUGCACCGGAGGUGUCUAUUGAUUUAAUGAACACCGUUCCACUUGGACUAUUAACAAGGAAAUUAGUAAGAGAGCGAGACUUUCCAUCGGUCCAUCCAUCGGACAUUAUAGUGCAACUUGUCUUCGUCCAUUCCUUCCUAUACACUUCUAAACUUGCAUUCACAUGAUCAAUCUCUUUUUUCAAAAAAGAUACUCUCACUUAAUGAUAACUAGGUGGUUUCAAUCUCACACCAUACUUACCAACCGACUUCAACAUCUUUUUAAACAAGGGACUUUUCACUAAAUUAAAAGCCAAUGCAUGCCCAUAAAUGACACUACAAAUAUCUCUAAUCAUGGGCUCCCUUUGCUUUGCCAUUUGAUUCAAACUUUGUUGCUUUGCCCACCCUUUUGUGACAUAUGCAUCCAUAGUUCCUCCUUUACUUUUCCCCUCAACAUUUUUUUCUUCAAAACAAUCGACAUCUAUAAUUAUGUCUUGUAUUUUUCCACUUAACAGUUGUGAAAACAUAUUCAUAAUAUCUUUAGAAAUUUGACUACAGGCACCAAGAUUAUUAUGAGUUCUAGCUAAAUGAUUUUUCAUUCGAAUCACCCCAUCCCAGUAAUCUUUUCCACAAUAAUUACAUCUCAAAUGCAUUCUAUUGUCAUCUUUGACACGGGUACAAUGGUCCCAUGUCGGAUCUUGUUUCCUACUUUUUUUUCCUUUUCAUAUUUUUCUUAUCCAUCAAAGAAAGCAAAAUAUUUUUCUAAUGUCUCAGCACAGUAGUAGCUUCAAUACUACAGUCCACAGUAGACAACAACAAUAAUAAAGUAAUGGAAAAGUUUAGAGUUAAUAUAGCAUUUUAUAAUACCUAUGAGGUUUGUCUGUUAGUAGCUCAAACAAAAUUGAAGACCCAAGAAGAGGACAGACUUUAAUAAAGCUUUGUGCAAGUUGAAGACAAGGACUAUGAAGCAUAUUCCUGUAGCAAGGGGCCACAAAACAGUGAGAAGAAGGACCAUGAGCACUGCAUCGAACAGAGAGGAGAGUCUUUCUAGGGUUUUGUCUUUUGGGAAUAAAAAGAGACGGCGGGUUAGCUUUGUUGGACUGUCGUUUGGUCUUUGAAGACCGGGCGACCGAUUGUCUGCCAAGAAAAAGCAAAAAAAUUGGGCCAAAAAUUGAAUUUUCUUCAUUCGGGUCUGAGAAAUCUAGGUUGACCUGCGACUGUCAUGAGUCAUAGGAUUCAGCGAUUCGUAUCGUGAAUUGAUUGAUUCAGCUCCGAUUUUGAGCCAUUUGCGAUUCCAUCUACCUGUUCGAAUCGAUCUCCAAGUGUAUCGAACCGAAUCAUACGAUUUGAAUCGCGAAUCAUACGAUUCUAACAACAGAGAUGGAAAUCCUAAUCACACAUUAGAAACCACCUUGUCUUUAUUAUUGAGUUAAUUCGAUGUGAAUCUAUCACCUGGAACUUACAUUGCACUCUAUUUGCAAAGGGAAGAAGCAAUAUGCCACUUCAAACCAUUGCGAUGUGGCUAAUAGCUUAUUUCAAUUUACUCAUUUGGAUGUAGAUACUAAUAACAAGUCCAAUCUUGGUUUUCUUUUAGGAAAAAUUGCUGAGAAGUCCAUUUCUAAGGGGUGUAUGGCAUCAGGUCCAAUAAUUGUUUUGUUUUGGUUGUGAGGACAUAAUUAAUGAAAUUGUUUUGAAGGAUAAUUUUUUCCAUUUUUUACCCACUACUGCCAGACUACCGGAAAAAUUAGUGGAAUUGGCCGCCGCCGCUGCCAGCGGCUGGUGGUGGCAGCCAGUGAUGGCUGAUGGUAGUGGUGGUGAUAUGGACAAAUAGGUGACGUGAACAGAUAGGUGGAAUGGUGAACAAAUAGACAGACAGGUAGGUAGGGGUAGUGGUCUUUCAAAUUGUUAUUGUCCUUAUGCCCCAAAAGAGUAGAGUUUGGUAAUAUUGCCCUAAAAGUUUAAAAAAUGGAUUUAUGGCCUGAGUGCCCUUUCUUUUACUUAAUAGAACAGAAAUAAAGAAACAUAGAUCUAUACAGUAACUACCUAUUCUGUGAGACCUCUAAGAUUUACCAUCUCUCAUUUCUUUACAAAUUAUAGAACAUAUGGAGUUUCGAAAAUGGCUAAAUAUGGCAUUCUAACAAAAAUAUAUUAUCUUGUGAUCCAGGUUACGUGUACCAUUUUGCUACAAUAUAAACAUUUUUGCUAUCCUAUCAGGAUCGCAUCCAUUGUUACAGAAGGGUGAUUGUAGGAAUAGAUGUUAAACAUGUUACAGAAGGGUGGUUGUAAGAAUGGAAGUUAAAUGGGUUCACUGUUUUGAACAUACUACACUAAGGGCACUGAACAUAAAAAAAAAAAAAAUUACACACAAAAGUAGAAGAUCACAUUUCAAUAACAAAAAGGGGCACUAUUGAACAAAAGCGUGUUGAGAUUAGGAGAUAAGACAAGUACGGAAGGUUUAUGACAAAGACCUCAUUGUAUAUAUUAUGACAAGUUACUUUCAAGCUCUGUUGUUAGAAUCUUGCGAUUCGCGAUUUGAAUCGUACGAUUCGGUUCGAUACACCUAGAGAUUGAUUCAAACAGGUAGAUGGAAUCACAAAUGGCACAAAAUCGCAGCCAAAUCGAUCGAUUCACGAUAUGAAUCGCUGAAUCAUUAAAUCGUACGAUUCAUGACAGUCGCAGGUUGACCCAGAUUUCAAGGACCCGAAUGAAGAAAAUUCAAUUUUUGGCCCAAUUUUUUUGCUUUUUCUUGGCAGACGAUGGGUUGCCUGGUCUUUUAAGACCAAACGGCAGUCCAACAAAGUUGACCUAUUGUCUCUUUUUACUCCCAAAAGACAAAACCCUAGAAAAACUCUCCUUUCUGUUCGAUGCAGUGCUCGCGGUCCUCCUUCUCACUGUUUGGUGGCCCCUUGCUGUAGGAAUAUGCUUCGUAGUCCUUCUUCUUGUCUUCAACUUGCACAAAGCUUUAUUAAAGUUUGUUCUCUUCUUGGAUCUUCAACUUUGUUUGAGCUACUAACAGACAAGCCUCAUAGGUAUUAUAAAAUGCUCUAUUGACUUUAAACUUUUCCAUUACUUUAUUGGUGUUGUUGUCUACUGUGGAUUGUAGUAUUAAAGCUGUUGCUGUGCUGGGACAUUAGAAAAAUAUUUUGCUUUCUUUGAUGGAUAAGAAAAUAUGAAAAGGAAAAAAAAAAGUGGGAAACAAGAUCCGACAUGGGACCAUUGUACCCGUGUCAAAGAUAGCAAUAGAAUACAUUUGAGAUGUAAUUAUUUUGGAAAAGAUUACUAGGGUGGGGUGAUUCGAAUGAAAAAUCAUUUAGCCGGAACUCAUGAUAAUGUCGGUGCUUGUAGUCAGGUUUUUGAAGAUAUUAUGAAUAUGUUUUCACAACUGUUAAGUGGAAAAAAACCAAACAAUAUUAUAGAUGUUGAUUGUUUUGAAGAAAGAAAUGUUGAGGGGAAAUGUAAAGGGGAACUAUGGAUGCAUAUGUCACAAAGGGGAGGGCAAAGCAACAAAGUUUGAAUCAAAUGGUAAAGCAAAGGGAGCCCAUGAUUAGAGAUAUUUGUAGAGUCAUUUAUGGGCAUGCAUUGGCUUUUAAUUUAGUGAAAAGUCCCUUGUUUAAAAAGAUGUUGAAGUCGGUUGGUGAGUAUGGUGUGGGAUUGAAACAACCUAGUUAUCAUGAAGUGAGAGUAUCUUUUUUGAAAAAAGAGGUUGAUCAUGUGAAUGCAAGUUUAGAAGUGUAUAGGAAGGAAUGGAAGAAGAUGGGUUGCACUAUAAUGUCCAAUGGAUGGACCGAUGGAAAGUCUCGCUCUCUUACCUAAUAUCCUUGUUAAUAGUCCAAGUGGAACGCUGUUUAUUAAAUCAAUAGAUACCUCCGGUGCAAUUAAAAAUUCUAUGAAAUUAUUUGAUAUGCUUGAUGACAUUGUGAAUGAAAUUGAGGAAGAAAAUGUGGUUCAAGUGGUAACCGAUAGUGCGUCGGCCUAUGUGGGUGCCGGUAGACUAUUGGAAGAGAAGAGGACUAAAUUGUUUUGGUCUCCAUGUGCAGCACAUUGCCUUGACUUAAUGUUAAGUGACAUAGGUGAGUUGACGGUUUUCAAAGAUACAUUAAUUAAAGCCAAGGAAAUCGCUGUGUACAUUUAUAGGCAUGCUUGGGUGCUUGAUUUGUUCAGAAAAUUUACAAAGAAUAGGGAGUUGACAAGACCUGCGGUUACUAGAUUUGCCACCGCCUUCCUUACUUUAAAAAGUUUCCAAGAUAGAAAGCUCCAACCUAGAGCUAUGUUUGCAUCAGAAGAGUGGGCUAGAAGCACCUAUUCUACAUCUGUUAAUGCAAAAAAGGCAUAAGGAACAAUCUUGGGAGAUGCUAGAUUUUGGAAAGCAAUCAAGUAUUGCUUGAAGUGUGUGCUCCCUUUGGUGAAAAUCUUGAGGCUUGUGGAUGGUGAUGCAAAGUCGGCAAUGGGAUUUAUUUAUGAAGCUAUGGAUAGAGCGAAUGAAGAAAUUGCUUCAAACUUGAACCAUGUGAGGGGUAGAUAUAAGCGCAUUUGGGAAAUUAUUGAUACUAGAUGGGAUUUACAACUCCAUAGGCCUUUUCAUGCGGCGACAUAUUACCUUAAUCCGAUGUUUCAUUAUCAAGAAAACUUCACUGCGGAUACGGAGGUGAAAAUUGGUUUAUUUAAAACCAUUGAGAGGAUGUAUCCGGAUAUAGAGGAUAGAGUGAAGGUUGAUGAGCAAUUAGAAAAGUUCAAGAAGGUCGAGGGUAUGUGUGGUAUGAGCAUGGCCAUCUUGACAAGGGAAAAGAAACAACCUACUCUAUGGUGGGAAAGUUAUGGAGAAGAGUGCAAAGAGCUUCAAAAGCUAGCUAUUAGAGUGCUCAGCCUUACUUGUAGUGCCACCAAGUGUGAGAGAAAUUGGAGCGCUUUUGAUCGUGUGCACUUGAAGAAAAAAAACUGGUUGGAGCAACAACGGUUGAAUGCUUUGGUUUUUGUGAAGUAUAACAUUCAAUUUGAGUUGAGGCAAAUUAAGAGACAAGAAAGGGGUCGGAUAUGGAAUCCGAUGAUGAAUGGAUUACUGAGAAAGAGGAUCCAUGUCUACCCGAAGAUCAUUCAUGGAUGGACAUCCAAGAGUGCUUCGAAGAUGAUAAAGGAGCAACAAGUAGCAAAAAGAGAAAAACAGGACCAAGAAAUUUAAAUGCCGCCGAUAGAGGAAAAAGAAAAGUAUUUGAAGAUGAUGAUGAAGUUGAAUUGAUUGAACGUGGAGAAGAGGAAGAGGAAGAGGAAGAGGAAGAAGAGUUUGAUGAAAUGACUAUGGUAGAUGAUGAUGAAGAGGAUGACUCUGAUAUUGACCUUGGAGAUGAUGAAGAUUGAAAUGAAGAAAUGAAGGCUUUUUGGAAUUUUUAACUUUGUCUAAUCUAACUUUUGUUUUGUACGGUCUCUUUUUGACACAAGUUACUUUACAAGUAUAGAUUAGAGUUUUGAAAAGUUCAGAACUUGUUCAGUUGUGAACCUUAUUCAUGAUCAUACAUUCAUAGAAUCAUAUUAUAAUGAAUGUGGAUUGCCAUGCAUAUAUGAUGUGAUGUGAAUUUACAUAAAAUAUAUCAUAAAUACAUAAAUAUAAUAUAGGAUGAUAGAUCACGGUGGGGCUUGGACCCACAUCUCUUGCCAUGGAAGUGUCUUACCUAUUUAGAUCACGUGAUCAUCAUGUAACAUAAC